AACUUGAAGUUAGACAAGAAAGUUCUAACAUUGCAAAAUUAGAAACUAGUAAUAAAAAUGAAGAAAGGAUUGCUAUAGAUGACUCAGAAUCAAAAGAAAGCAUCAAAGAAGAAAGUGCUAAAAAAGCAGAAAAGUUGUUUUUAGAAAUAGAGGAAAUAGAAGUUUCAUCUAAUAAAUUAUUG